GUCCCGCCUUGCCCGCGGCUCGGAGGUGCGGUCCGGGGCCGCAGCACCUCCCCGCAUGGAGUCCGCGGAGCGUGCGCCGGCGGCGCGGGACCCGGUGCCCAGGGUGGAUGUGUACGGGUUCGAGCGGCCGGCGGACUUCGACUACGCGGCGUAUGAGGCUUUCUCCUCCGCCUACCUGGGCGUCCUGGCGCACCGGGCCGGCCGCUGGGCCCGGCUCCUGCGGGGGAGCGGCGGCGUGCGGAGGAGCCGGACGGUGAAGCGCUAUGUCCGGAAGGGGAUCCCACUGGAGCACAGGGCCCGAGUCUGGAUGGCUGUAAGUGGAGCCCAGGCUCAGAUGGACCAGCACCCCGGCUACUAUCACCAGCUGCUCCAGGGAGAGAGAAAUUCCAGCCUGGAAGAGGCCAUCAGGACAGACCUGAACCGAACCUUCCCAGACAAUGUGAAGUUCCGGAAGACAGCCGAGCCCUGUCUACAGAGCGCUCUGCACAAUGUGCUGCUGGCCUAUGGGCUUCACAACCAAGGUGUGGGGUACUGUCAGGGAAUGAAUUUCAUAGCAGGAUAUCUGAUUCUUAUAACAAAGAAUGAGGAGGAAUCCUUUUGGCUCUUGGAUGCCCUUGUUGGAAGAAUACUCCCUGAUUAUUACAGUCCUGCCAUGCUGGGCCUGAAGACAGACCAGGAGGUCCUCGCCGAGCUGGUGAGGACAAAACUGCCGGCGGUGGCAGCCCUAAUGGAUGGCCACGGUGUGCUGUGGACACUUGUGGUGUCUCGCUGGUUCGUCUGCCUGUUCGUGGACGUGCUGCCCGUAGAGACCGUGCUUCGAAUCUGGGACUGCUUGUUCAACGAAGGCUCCAAAAUCAUCUUCCGUGUGGCCCUCACCUUAAUUAAGCAUCACCAAGCACUGAUCCUGGAAGCAGACAGUGUUCCAGAUAUCUGCGACAAGUUCAAGCAGAUCACCAAAGGGGACUUCGUAAUGGAGUGCCACACGUUUAUGCAGAAAAUCUUUUCAGAACCGGGGAGCCUGUCCAUGACCACCAUCUCCAGACUCCGGGAGAGCUGCCGGGCAGCACUGCUGGCCCAGGGCUGAGGUAUACCCCACGCUCCCCAACACACAACAGCUUCAUGUCCAGACAACCCGUGACCAAUUUCUACUGCUCUCCUGGUGUUGUAAAUACUGAAGUCUCCGCACUUUAGUGGGGAAGUUUUUUAAAUUUUUAAAGAAUGAUUUAAAAUUAUGCCAUUCAACAGCUUUUGAAUUAUUAGCUAUACCAAAAAUUUCUUGGAAUAUAUUUUGUCAGACAUUAGUAAUAUAUACAAUGUACAGCAUGCAUUUGUAUUUAAUAAAACAUGCCAGUACUGUAA